AUGGUUUCCAAAUUCAACGAAAUGGGGCAUGCCAAGCUCAAGAAAGGUGUCAUUGGAUUGGUGAAUUUGAAGAGCAACACAUAUGAGAGCCUUUAUGUAAGUGACAGUGAUCCUGUUGCAAUGGCUUUUGACAUCAUGAGGAACUCUGUCUACUGGGCUGACGAACGAGGGAACAUUUUUAGAGCAGAAGGCCAAAAGAGAAGCACCCUCUACACAGGCCAUGUUGGAGUUAGGAGUCUAGCUGUUGAUUGGAUCAAUGGACCUGUGUUCUGGACAAAUGUGGUACAAAAAGCAAUCUAUGUUGGAACACCUGAUGGUAGUGCAGUUGCCAUGGUCAUGGACAAAGAUAUUUAUCCAUUAGAUUUAGUUCUCCUGCCCACUAACAGGUGGUCAAAUGACCCUCGACCGAGCUGGAAUGGAUGGCUCAAGACGCACUACGCUGGUCGUAGUCACUGCACAGUCUCCAAGAAGCCUAACUAUGGAUGUUGCAGCUCAGCGGUUGUACUGGAUCAGCGAUGUCAAGCUGAUUUCAAACUUGUCUAUGCUACAUCAAAAACUCUGUACACCCUCGAGUUUAAACCAGACGGCCCUCAGAAAAUGCUGCUCUUCACUGCGGAUGAGGACAUCGGGUCUUUUGACAUGGACUGGAGAAGAGAAUGGGUGGUGUGGGUGAAUGGCACAGGCCAUGUCAAGGCUAGAGGCGUUUCGCAGAAACAGACUGUGUAUAUUCCAACUGCUAAGCCUGCAUGUAUUGUGAGAGUUGACCAGAAGACUGGGAACCUGUACUGGUUGGCCUGUGAUGGAAUGUCCAUUGGCGUCACUUUUGUUGGCUUCCCAGAUCAAAGUUUCUCCAAACUGCUUUACCAAGGUGGAGGUGAAGUCAGUGACAUCUAUGUGGAUUGGCAGAGGGGUCAGCUUUACUGGGUUGAUGGAGAUCAGAUCAUCAGGAUGAGACUAGGUCUAACUGGAGGCAAUGCAAAAGCCAUCCAAACCCUUGAAGAGAACACUGUUAGCCAAAUCACUCUGGACAGGAAAUCCAACAGUUUCCUCUGGAACUCUGAAAAGUCUGGUUUGCAGGUUAUGAGCCUGCUGAAGAUGAGGAAGUACUCAGCUGGUCAGAGCUGGAAUGUGCCAGGCUCUAUAGUUGCUGCCUACGAGCCCUACAUGGUGUCCAUGCUUAAUAAUGUAAUCACUCUGUGGAAACGCACCAAUGGAGAACGGGUGAGGGGGGUGGCUGUGGAGGAUGACGUUGUUGAUAUAGCUGUAGCCCUCAAAGAAGUUAUGCAAGAUGAGGGUGUAGAGCAUAGCGAUGUGUCCACCACACAGGCCACUUGUAAGAGUCCGUCUGUGAUGUGUGAUGGGACGUCAGUGUGCAUCUCCCGGAGUCAGGUGUGUGAUGGAAAGAGAGACUGUCCUGAUGGAUCCGACGAAGCAUCCUGUAUAGAUAUGUGUGCAACACCAGGUGACUUCUUGUGUAAGGACAGAAGGGUAUGCAUUAAAGGGAGUCUGGUUUGCGAUGGACGCAGUCAUUGUCUUGAUGGCUCGGAUGAGGUGGGCUGUCCCACUUUAGCUUCAGAGACUUUAACCUCAGCACCCUUGAAGUGUUACAUGGGCUCUAAAGCAUGUAAGGAUGGGAAAGAGUGUGUUCUGUACAGUCAUGUGUGUGAUGGAGAGACUGACUGUAAGGAUGGCUCUGAUGAAGAGGACUGUGAAUUUCAGUGCAAAAUAGGCCAGUUCCAGUGUGCUCAUGGGAGAAAAUGUAUAGAUGUGAAACAGCUGUGUGAUGGAACCCCUCAGUGUCAGGACCGAUCUGAUGAACUGGACUGCUUUACUCGCACUAAGGGCUGCAGCCAUCGCUGUGACAACAAAACCCGCUGUGUACCACAAACCUUUGUCUGUGAUGGAGAGAUGGACUGUGUGGAUGGCACAGAUGAAGCCAACUGUCGUGACUUCCUUUGUAAGGACAGGAGACUGUGUAUAAAGAGAAACCUGGUUUGUGAUGGUCGUUUUCACUGCACUGAUGGCUCAGAUGAAGUGGGUUGUCCUACUAUAUCUCCCAGGAGCUUAGAGACUUCUGGAACAGCACCUCUGAAGUGUCAGGUGGGCUUUAAAGCAUGUAGGGAUGGAAAAGCGUGUGUCCUGUACAGUCACAUGUGUGAUGGAGAGAUUGACUGUAAAGAUGGAUCUGAUGAAGAAGACUGUAUUCCGCAAUGCAAAACGGGUAUAUUGACCACCAUUUCUCAGUAUUGUGAUAAUCCUUUAGGGCAGUUUCAGUGUGCUACUGGAAGAAGAUGCAUUGAUGUGAAGCAGGUGUGUGAUGGAACACCUCAGUGUUUGGACCAGUCUGAUGAGAGGGACUGCCAGAAACUUGCCAGAAGCUGUGUACUCCGCUGUGACAGAGACAAGCACUGUGUCCCAGCAGUUUCUAUCUGCAAUGGGAUUAGGGACUGUUGGGAUGGCUCAGAUGAGGCCCAUUGUGUCAUCCUCACUCCACUGCCACAGUGUAACAGUCCCUCCAUUUUGUGCCGUGGGAAGUCAGUUUGUAUCUCUCAGGCUCAGGUCUGUGAUGGAACAAAGGACUGUCCUGAUGGGUCUGAUGAGGCUUUUUGUGUUGACAUUUGUGCAAAAAAAGAUGACUUCCUAUGUAAGGACCGAAGGAAGUGUAUUGAGGGAAGUCUUGUUUGUGAUGGACGCUUUCACUGCAAUGACGGUUCAGAUGAAUUGGGCUGUCCCACUGUGGCUCCAAAGGCCCCAAAACUGGCACCCCUGAAGUGCCGUAUGGGUUCUAAAGCAUGUAGGGAUGGGAGUGAGUGUGUCUUAUACACUCAUGUGUGUGAUGGAGAGAAGGACUGUAAAGAUGGAUCUGACGAAGAGGACUGUGGCCUUCAGUGCAGUCCAGGCCAGUUCCAGUGUACUCGUGGGAAAAAAUGCAUUGACAAGAAGCAGGUGUGUGAUGGAACGCCUCAGUGUUUGGACCAGUCUGAUGAGAGGGACUGCUGGAAGCCUAGCAGGAGCUGCGCUCUGCGCUGCGACAGGGACAACCACUGUAUCCCAGAAGUCUUCAUCUGCAAUGGGAUGAGGGAUUGCUUGGAUGGGUCAGACGAGGCUGGAUGUGAUGAAAUGGGCUGUCCCACCAUGGUUCCUCAGAGCUCUGGUGCAGCACCUCUGAAAUGUCGCAUGGGCUCUAAAGCCUGUAAGGAUGGAAAGGAGUGUGUCCUGUAUAAUCAUGUGUGUGAUGGAGAGAUUGACUGUAAGGAUGGAUCUGAUGAGGAGGACUGUGAUCUUCAGUGUAAAGCAGGCCAGUUCCAGUGUGCUCACGGGAAGAAGUGUAUUGAUGUGAAACAAGUGUGUGAUGGUAAACCUCAGUGUCAGGACCGCUCUGAUGAACUGGACUGCUUUACUCGCACUAAGAGCUGCAGCCAUCGCUGUGACAACAAAACCCGCUGUAUCCCAGAAAACUUCCUCUGCGAUGGAGAGAGAGACUGUGUGGAUGGCACCGAUGAGGCUGACUGUGAUAGGGAUCUGGUCUGUGAUGGACGCUACCAUUGUCUUGAUGGUUCAGAUGAAGUGGACUGUACCACUGCGGCUACUACAAUACCAAAGACUUCUGGACCUCCACCUCUGAAGUGUCGCCUGGGCUCCAAAGCUUGCAGGGAUGGGAGUAUGUGUGUGUUGUACAGUCAUUUGUGUGAUGGAGAGACUGAUUGUAAGGAUGGAUCUGAUGAAGAAGACUGUGAAUUUCAAUGCAAAAUAGGGCAGUUCCAGUGUUUCCAUGGGAAGAUGUGCAUAGACAUGGCACAAGUAUGUGAUGGGACACCUCAAUGUCAGGAUCUCUCGGAUGAAAUGGCCUGUUUUACACUAACAGACACUUGUAGCCAUCGAUGUGACAACAAGACUCGUUGUGUCCCUGAAACCUUCCUCUGUGAUGGAGAACGUGACUGUGUGGAUGGUACCGAUGAAACAAAUUGUGCGGCUGAGAAGUGUGUGAGUGACCAGUUCCAGUGUGACAGCGGCCAGUGUGUGUCUCUUGCUCUACGUUGUGAUGAACAUGCAGACUGCCGAGACCACUCUGAUGAGAAAGGAUGUCCUCAACCCCCAAAGUGUGACACUCAGUACCGCUGUCCCCACAGUCAUGAGUGCCUGCAGGAGGACUGGCUCUGUGAUGGAGACGAGGACUGCAGCGAUGGCUCUGAUGAGAGGAACUGCAAGGCCUCCCCAUUGGAGUGUGGCGAAUUCCAGUGGUCGUGUGCAUCUAAAACUCAGUGUGUGGCCAAGUCAUGGAGAUGUGAUGGCAUGAGGGACUGUGAAGAUGGGAGCGAUGAAGCUGGAUGUAAGUGUACUAAACGGUGCCCGUCCCACAUGUUUCAGUGUGGGAGUGGUGAGUGUUUGGACCUAGCACUGGCAUGUAACAGGAUAACAAACUGUCUGGAUGGCUCAGAUGAGGGUGCAGGAUGCCUCAAGGGGAACUGUUCCAGCCCCAGCAGCCCUAAGUGUGCCCACUACUGUAUCAGUACCCCCCGUGGAGCGAGAUGCGGCUGCAAAGCAGGUUUCAGUCUACAGAAAGAUGGGCUCUCCUGCACAGAUGUGGAUGAGUGCUUGGAGAUCCGCCCGGCUUUGUGCUCUCAUAGCUGCCACAACAGUCAUGGUUCUUAUUCAUGCCAGUGUUACCCUGGGUUUCUCCUGGAGCCUGAUGGUCGCAGCUGCAAGACCACCGAGGUGCCUUCCCUUCUGGUCUCUGUACAACAUGAGCUGCUGCUCUUGGGCUUGCAAAACUCCAACAUCAAGAUGCUCAUUCCUCCAGGGAAGAAGCCCAUUUUUUCACUGGACUAUGACCUGAGGGAGGAGAGGGUGUUCUGGGUUAGUCUGGAUGAUGACAGCAUCAAAUGGGCUGUCCAUGGCGACAAGGACAUCAUUGGUACCAUUGUUAAAGGGAUUAAGUCUGACUCCAUUGCGAUAGACUGGCUUGCGAGGAAUCUUUACUGGGUGGAUGGAGUGGCUGGUCAGAUUCUGGCUGUGAGACUGAGCAGCAGUGUGGUGAGGUCACGGAACUAUGUUGUGGUGUUAGAUGAAGACCUUGAGCAGCCUCAGUCUCUGGUGCUACUGCCCCACAAAGGGGUGAUGUUUUGGUCAGAGAUUGGCAGUGAGCCACAGAUUGAGCGAUCUGGUAUGGAUGGAUCAGAUAGGAAAGUGGUGGUCAGACACAGUCUCAGCUGGCCUGCGAGUGUGACAGUGGACAUCUUAACAGAAAGGCUCUACUGGACAGAUGAGAAACUCAAGUGUAUUGGAUCAGCCACUCUAGAUGGAGAAGACCUCAGGCUGCUGCAGUUAACCCAAACCCCCAGUCCUUUCUCUGUGGCUGUUUUCAACGACAUGAUGUUCUGGUCUGACACCAAAAGAAGAACCAUUCAAAGUGCUCACAAAACCAGUGGCAAGAACCGCAAGGUUCUCCUCAAAAGACCUGGCCAGCCAUUUGGCCUUAAGGUCGUCCAUCCUCUCAUCCAGCCCAAUAUCUCAAGCCCCUGUGAAAAGCUGCAGUGUUCCCACCUGUGUCUGCUUGCUCCAGGGUCUAAGGCAGUGUGCCGCUGCCCAGCUGGGUUGUUACUGGCCGGGAACAGAUCCAUCUGCACCCCUCCUGUGGAUGACUACUCUUCUUUCGUCCUGCUGCUGUCUCCUACCAUGCUCACUCAAAUUUUCAUGAGGAACCUGAAGGGGGCGAUCAGGCUGAAGAAGUGGCCCGACCACCGGGCUUUGCCUCUCCCAGGAGUGAAUGAAGCCACAGGCCUAGACCUGGUGCUUGGAGACCGUAUGCUCUACCUGUCUGAUGCUGGACAAGGCUCAGUUGGCCAGCUGAAGUUGAGCAGUUGGAGUCUGACCGCUGUUGGCCGUGUGCUACAGCUGCAGGGGGAUGUGGUGACUGCUCUGGCUGUGGACUGGCUUACCCGUAACCUGUACUGGAGCAGUAGCAACAAACCCCAGCUACAAGUGACUUCUGCAAAUGGCAGGCACACCGCUCUGGUGCUGGAAGCAGACCUCCUGGGCACCACAUCCAUUGCUUUGCACCCGCCUGCUGGUUGGCUCUGCUUCACUGCCUUGGGAAAGGUAGGGGGCAAGAAUCUUCCUCAGGUGGAUUGUGCUUACAUGGAUGGGCGGAACCGUACGCUGCUCUGGAGGGGAGCGACAGAAAUGCCAAUAUCUCUGACCUUCUCCAGCAAAGGCACAGAACUUUACUGGGCUGAUAUAGGUGCUGGAGUAAUUGCUUCAGUGGACAUUGAUGGAUCUAACUACAGAGAGUAUCAAACAGGCCCUGCUUUUAUCAUAUCGUUUGCCCGCAUUGACAACCUCCUCCUCUGGGUUACACUGGAUAAUGGUACCACAAAAAUGUGGUACAGUGAUGGCUUUCAACCAAAACAAUUAUGGUUUGAAGUUCAAACCAACAUUGUGGAGCUGAAAGCUUAUACUAAAACCUCCCAGAAAGGAACCAACCUGUGUGCAGAAAAAAACGGAGGCUGCAGUCACCUCUGUCUGGCCUACCCUGGGGGACGAACCUGCAGGUGUGGCUUAGACUACCGCUCUGUGAAUGGCACCCAGUGUGUUUCUGACCUCCAAUGCCCAGCUGGCAGCAAACCAUGCAGGGCAGGAGAUAAGUGCCUUCUGAGCGCGAAGUUCUGCGAUCAACUGUCUGAUUGCGAGGAUGGUUCGGAUGAAGAGAACUGCAUUUUUGGUGACCCCAAUCUUGGACUACCCUUCAGCCCAACUCCACUGGGCUCUGAAAAUGUGACCAUCCUGGCUUCUGCCACACAGGGAGAUGGAAUCUCAGUGCGUAAACUGGACAGUCAGUCCUGUGAUACUAAACGGUGCAACGACCAUGGAAAGUGUGUCAUGCGCGGGGGAAAGCCUGUCUGUGAGUGUGUGCAGGGAUACAGUGGGGAGUUCUGCCAAAACGGAGGGUCAAGCAGCACCGCUUUCAUUCUGGGACUUGUCCUUGUCGCUGGAGUUGUGGUUGUCGCAGCUUUAUUCCUCAGGAAUAGAAGAGCAAAAGCUGUGAGAAGUCGCACCACUGAGAAGGAGACUCUCAUGACUGACAUAGAGGAACGCCUGACUAACAUUCAGAGCUUCGACAAUGAGCUGUACAACCCAGAGGAGGUCAAGUCCCCUGUUGCUGUCCAUUCCCUGUUUUAG